GUGUGGUUGAGAGUUGAGUAGAAGAAGACAGAAAGGAAAGAAAAAAAAAACGUUGUAUCUGUCUCUCGGCACAGAGAGAACGGUUUCGUUGUGUGUCAGUUCUGUCGCGACAUUCUGCAAAUAAACUCAACUGAACGUUGUUGUUUUUCUUUUUCUUUUUUUAUUAUUUUACUUUAGUAUUAGGUGAAGUGAAUAAUAACAAAACAUUCGAGUAUUUAUUUUUUUUUUGUAUUAUUAUUUGCUUGUUGUUCUUUCGCAUGAGAAUCGAGAAAUUCCAUGGCAUCGAGUACGUAGAAAAUCAAUUAACUACCAUAUCAAAUGUUCCGAACUGCGGAGGUGAAAAAUUAACAAAAAAAAUAUGGCAAAUCGAUCAAUCGGUGUAAACUAAUGAAAGCCAAUAUAUUUCUGAUUUUCUCCAUGGUUUUCUAAUUUUCUCAACCAUUUUUUCGGUCGUUUGUUAACAAUCUUAAAAUUCCAUUAAUUAACGAAACGAAUUGAUACUAACAGUGGACUUUGUUUAACGAAAACCGAAAAACAAAAUUGAAAAAAAAUAUCGUCCAAACAAAUUGGGAUGAGUGAUAAAAAAGCAAGUGCAACGGUUUGGCUUUUGUGAGAUGUUCAUUUCAAGAGACGAAACGAAACGAGAAAAUUGAGUUGAUAAGUGUUUUAAAUGCAAAACAAUUUGUGAAUUGAAGGUUUUUCAAAAGCGUUACAGAUAGGCUUAAUUAGCUUAGCAUUGGAUACUUAUUGAAUGACACCCCGAGUGAGUAUUACUCGCCGACUAUGAGCAAUCAUAACCAGUGAUUGUAAAAACGUUUUGUGGCUGAUCGAUGAUGUGUUGGAGUGCAAUCAAAUGUUCUAUUUAAUUGGAAGUGAAUUUGUUAAUUGUGAUUAGAUCAAAUUGGAAGUGAAUACAUUUGAAGUGUUGAACCGAUCCAAAAAAAAAAACGAAACAGAAGAAGAAAAAAACACCAAAAACAAUUUUAGUUUUUUUUUCGUGUGGGAAAUUUGGAAAAAAAAAUUUUCUCGUGCGCGAUAAGAAGAUAAGUGAAGAUGCCUUUCCAUCCAAAUCGAACCGAUGCCGGAACGGCAAACGGUAGCAGUAGCGGUAAUUACUCAGGUGAUGAUCGUGAUUUGCGCAGCACUGGCACCGGCCAAUACGAUCGAUAUGACAAUGAUUUAAUGGACAAACCAAUUUAUUUGCUCGAGCAUUUGGCCACGUUCACGGUGAACCAAGAAUCGGGCAUUUUAUAUCCGGCCGAUGGCAUGCGACGCCUACUUCAAUUAGAAAAAUCAACGGGCAUUUGGUCACAAAAAAUGAAACUAUGCUUAGAUCGACAAUGGAUCUUAAUCAUGGACUAUGAAACUGGGAAUAUAAUUGAACGUUUUCCGGCCUCAUUGAUCAAAGAGCCCACCGCUUUCACCAGCAAUGGACCCACAGAAUUAUAUAAUAAUAUACUCGUAUUCAUUGUGGACGGUGGAACUGGUUCUCGUUCCGAAAUGCACAUAUUUCAGUGUCAAAGCAUUUCAGCUAUACAUUUAGUUGAGGAUUUGAAGCAAUUACGCGAUGGCAAAUCAAUCACAGAACAUCACGAUGUAAUGCAUCAUCAAUCACAAUCGUAUGGAAAGUCACAGUCAGGCCGUGAACGUCACCAUUCGAAUGUUGAUGGCAAUGUUGCUGGUUACAGUAAUCGCGAUAAUGACACCGAUUCGGAGCUGGGAAUGUGUGGCGGUGGAAAUGGUGGAGGCAUCAACGACGACACCAGCUCAACAUCAAGCGAAAAAUAUGAACGAGACGUUGUCGUUCUGAAUCAUUGCUUCGAUGACAUUGAAAAGUUUAUUGCCCGAUUGCAACAUGCAGCGGCCGCAUCACGAGAACUAGAGCGCCGCAGACGCAAUCGCAAAUCGAAAAAGAAAGAUCCGGGCGAAGGUUUGCUAACAUUGCGUACAAAACCGCCACAUGAAAAGGAAUUUAUCGAUAUUUUUGCCAAAUUUAAAUUAUCAUUCAAUUUAUUGGCCAAACUAAAAGCACACAUUCAUGAUCCAAAUGCGCCCGAACUAGUACAUUUUCUAUUCACACCAUUAGCACUUAUUGUCGAUGCAUCACACGAUACAUAUUAUGAUCCAAAUCUACCGGCUCGUGUGAUAAAUCCGCUGUUGACACGCGAAGCAAUCAAUUUGCUAAUUAAUUGUGUGACAAGCAAAGAGACGGAACUAUGGCGUUCGCUGGGCGAUGCAUGGUCCAUUCCACGUGAUCAAUGGAAAAAUGGACAAGGCAUGGUUAUGUAUCAUCCGGUAUUUUUUGAUGGUUGGUCACCCGAAUACCCGGUCAUCGAUGAGCUUGAAGCUCAUGCCGGCACACCGUCACCACAAAAUGAUGCACCAAAUCCAACACAAUCGUCAGUUAGUAUUCACCAUAAGCUCAUCAAACAAAAUAGUAAUCCAUCAGCGAAUGCAAUCAAAAGACGAAUGGAACAGCAACAGCAAAUGUAUUCCAUUGAUUACGAUUAUGAUAUGCAACCGUCAUCUGGUCAUCAUGCUGGUGGUGGUGGUCCUGGUGGUGGUGUCGGUGUCGGUGGCGGUGGUGCACCACAUAGUCCGGCAAUGCGAGAUUUUAGUGCACGCAGUGACAUCUCAAUCGAUUCGAUCGAACGAAAUGGCGGUUUAACCGAUGUCACCGUAACCAAUCCAAACGAAUCAAUGGUCCCGAAUUCGUCGGCCUGGAUCGAGAGUUUGGCCGCUCGUGGUGCAAAAAUUGUGCAAGUAACAUAUCCACGCACCGCAAACAAUGACAAAGAAUUGACCGUGUCACGCGGUGAAUAUUUGGAAAUUUUGGACGACACACGAAAAUGGUGGAAAGCCCGAAAUGUUCGCGGCCAAAUGGCGCACGUGCCACACACAAUUGUGACACCAUUCAAUUUCACCGGUGGCAGCAAUAUUGCGGCGAAUAAUUCAAAUGCGGCCAGUGGCAGUGCUGUACCUGAUUCGAAUACAAAUGACGCAUUUGCCGGGAAAAAGAUAAGUCGUGCGGUAGCUAACGAUGCGGUUUUAGAUCGUUACACACAGUAUGGCAACGAAAAUAAUCAACAGCAGCAGCAACAACAACAACAACAGCAAACGCAUACGGCUCAGGCCGACUGGGUUCGUAACAAGCACAUAGAUAAGAAGCAGCAACAGUAUGCCGAUAUCGCGGUGAUACCAAAACCGCCACCAUUCCUUGCCGAUUUAACCAAACAGGACAAACAAAACAACAAUGUUCAGAAUCAAAUUGCGACCGUUCAAACAACAGCCACAGUGCACGUGAACAAACACAAUUCAGUUCAAGAUAAUGAACGGACUAAAAUAUCGAACAAAGCAAAAGAUGCGACAACACUUAACUCGAUCAGCAGCGAUAAUCGUGAAAAUAUGAACGAUGAACUAGCAAAAGUAUUGAAAUUGUAUCGUGAAAAGAGCCACAAUUGGGAUAUUCAUAAAACGCCGGAGAUUUUCAUUCAGCCAACAUCAUCGCCGGCCAAUGUGAAACAAUGGCUCAAAGCAAAAGGCUUUUCCGAAUAUGUUGUCACGAAAUUUGGCUACUUGAAUGGCCAUGAACUCUUUUCACUGGAUCGCGAUACGCUCGAAGAUCACUGUGGCAUCGACGAAGGCCGUCGCCUACUUUCCCAAAUCACCGUUCAACGCAAUGUGUCUGGCUACAAGACAACGAGAACUUCAGAGCUUUUAGCGUGUCUGGCCAAAGCACGAAAACGAAUCGAUGAACACUGAAAUGCAUCAUUUUCCAAACGAGUAUACACACACACACCGGAUAUUGCUCAUGAGAAAUCGAGAGUGCUCAACAAAACAAAACAUACCAUAGCCAUAGCCAUAGCCAUACGGUGCUAAAAGUGAUACAACCACAUAUAAACAUUACUAUGAAUCUUAUAUGGGUUUUAUUUUCAUCUCUCAGCAGAUAGUUGAGGGGUAUAAAAUAAAUCGGCCGAAUCGCCUUAAUCCAUACCGAACUAGCAUUUUAAGCAUAAACGAAGAAAAAUACAGAACAAAUUUUUUUUGACAGUUGAUUGAUACAAUAAAUAUUGGAACCAACAUUUUAUAGUAAACAA